UUUGUGUGUUGUUGGUGAACUGUAGUGUUUAGACUGCUGUACUGAUUUAUAAUACACGAAAAACUGCACCUGGACGGAGUAGUGUGAGGAAGACGCGGACAGAUCGGGUCUGUUUUAUUCUGAGUGGAGCAUUUUGAGUUUCCUGACCAGGCUGAAGUGUUUAUCCUGAUCUGAGUUAGGUGGCCUCUCCCUGCCUGCCUGCCUGCCUGCUUAGACCAGUCAACUCGGCGUUACUGUUACAUGGAUAAAAAGAAAGUAUUUUCUACUUCUUAAUAAGGGGAAUGUUUCAAACGGAUACAUUUUUGGAUCGUCUUUUAAUCACAUUGGCUUGGAACAGAAGACAUAAUGCCUAAAUGAGAGUAAGCACAGGUCUGUAAGUGUUUUACUUACUGGCAGGCAACACACACAGAAUGUUGCCAGGUGUGGGUGUGUUCGGAACAGGGCAGACUGUACAGGUCUUGGUGCCAUUACUACAAAAGGAAGGAUUUCCUGUUCAGGCUGUCUGGGGACGGACACAAGAGGAAGCGGAAAGUCUGGCUAAUGAGCUAAACAUCCCCUUCUCCACAAGCCAAUCUGAUGAUGUCUUGCUGCAUCCAGAGGUCCACCUCGUGUGCAUUUUGACACCCCCACCACACACACGCCAGAUUGCAGUGAAUGCAUUGGGCAUUGGGAAGAAUGUGAUCAGUGAGCAGGCUGCUACGUUAACAGAUGCUUGUAAGAUGGUGACAGCUGCACGAUACUACCCACAAUUGAUGAGCAUCAUGAGCAACCCACUGCGUUUUUUGCCGGCUUUUGUGAUGAUGAAGCAGCUGUUGGAAGAAGGUUACUGUGGGACUUUGCAGGUGUGUGAAGCGCGUAUAUAUGGAGGCUCAUUGCUUAGCCAGUCAUACAGCUGGGCAUGGGAAGAGCUGAUGGGUGGUGGCGGCCUGCACACUGUUGGUUCCUGGAUUAUAGACCUUAUGAGCCACUUGACAGGGAUGCGUGCCAUUCGUGUGCACGGAAUGCUUAGAACCUUUGUGCAUAAGGGUGGCACAGAAAGCGGGAUUCGCUCUGUGACUUCUGAUGACUAUGCUUGUUUUCAGCUGCUGUUGGGUGGGGGCGUGGUUUGCAAUGUUACAUUGAAUUUUAACCUUCCUGGUGCUAAUUUGCACGAGGUCAUGCUUGCGGGCUCAUCUGGGAGAUUGUUGGCCAAGAACACAGAGCUAUAUGGCCAGCGCAACAGCCUGAAUGGGGAAGAGAUUCUCUUGAGUGAGUCUGGAUUGGAAGCUGGUCCCACAGUCACAGGACUGAAAGCGAUGGUGACUCAACUCCGUCUGUCUUUCCAGGCACAGGAAGACAGGAGAUCAUGGGCACGCCAUCCAAUUGCCAUGGCAGCAUCAUUCGAGGAUGGAUUGUAUGUUCAGACUGUUGUGGAUGCUAUUAAGCGGUCAAAUCGUACUGGAGAGUGGGAAAGUGUUGAAGUCAGAACCCAGGAUAUAGACCCAAACCACAACCACAGAACCUCUCCAAAAUGAAACCAAAACCAAACAGCCAAAAGGUCACAAACAAUAAGUAUUUGCUUUUUUUGUAUAGGCUUUAGUCCUGGCCAUCACUUUAAAAACAUUUAGUCAUUGUCAUCACUUUAUAAAUAUCAUAGCCAGUGACAAACUAAUCUAUUUUAACUUACACACUGCACUGCAUUACCUAAAACUGGUUAUGUGAAGAAUAAACUGUGCCUCAUUUCUCUUUUAAUGUUUCUUUUGACUGGGACUAAACACAACACUGGAGUUGCAACACUGGAAGCAAGGAGUUUUACCUACUCUUAUUUAUCCCACAUGUUUAUCUGUGAAAACAGUUUUUAGUAUUUUAUUUACAUAUUUUAAGUUUCAAUGCAGGUGUUUAUUUAGGGUUUGACAAGAAUAUUUAAACCUUAUCAGUUACUAAUAGCGCUGUAUUUUUGUUAUCUGAAAUAAGCCUGCAUACUGGACCUUUAGACAUUUGACUGUAAUGUAUUUCUGGAUUUGUUUCCUGUAGAGAAUGUUGAACGUAUUUCUGGUAACAGUAUUCCACUGUUUAAUAUUUGUAAUAAGCUGCAAUUUUUUUUUUUCUGCACUGUGUGUGUGUGUGUGCGUGCGUGUGUGUGCGCGUGUUGCAAAUAGUGACUGUUAAGCUUUAUGGCUUUAUGGUUUAAUAUAAUGCUUUCCUAAUUUAAUAAAUUAGUAUUACUGUGUA